AAGGGCAGCUCUUGGGGUGGGACCCCUGAGGUCCUGCUGUCCCCCUGGCUGGGCUGCCCUUCCUCAGUGAGCAAGCGGCAUCUCUGUGGAGGCCAAGAUGGCGUCUGAUUUCGAGGGUGUCAUGCCGCCCAACUGGAAAGAAAUAGUGAACAAGAAAUUAAAAUUCCCCGAAGGCCUCCUGGCCGCCAUCCAAGAUGGCCACCUCGUGAGGGUCCAGCAGCUGCUUCAAGUGAGUGAUGGGAUCCUGAGGCAGCUGGACGAUGCGGAGGACCGGGCCUGGCGAGAGGCCCUCAACCUGGCCAUCCGCACGGGCAGCGAGGAGACCACCCGGACUCUGCUGCGCUUCGUCAAGUUCGACUUCCGCCAGGUCCACGAGGCCUUGCUGGUCGCCGUGGACACCAACCAGCCGCAUGUCGUCAAGCUGCUGCUGGACCGGCUGGACCAGGAGAAGAGCCUCAAGAUGGACAUCAAGUCCUUCUCGAUGGCCUUCUUCGACAACUCCAUCGACAACUCGCGCUUCGCCCCGGGCGUGACGCCCCUCACCUUGGCCUGCGAGAAGGACCUCUACGAGAUCGUGGACAUGCUGAUGAAGAAGGGCCACGCCAUCCCACGCCCGCACAAGGUCUCCUGCGGCUGCCUGGAGUGCUCCAACGGCCGCAAAUACGACCUCUUGAAGUUCUCGCUCUCUCGCAUCAACACGUACAAGGGGAUCGCCAGCCGGGCACAUCUCUCCAUCGCCAGCGAGGACGCCAUGCUCACCGCCUUUAAGCUCAGCCGCGAGCUCAAGCGCCUCUCCAAGAAGGAGCCUGAAUUCAAGCCGGAGUACCUGGCUCUGGAGCAGCUGAGCCAGGAGUUUGCCUUCGAGCUGCUGGGGAUGUGCCGCAACCAAAGCGAAGUGACCGCCGUGCUGAACGACCUGGGGGACGAUGACGCGACCGGGGAAGAUGAAGAUCUGGAUGAGCAGGCCUUCGAGGAGGGGAUCCCCAAUCUAGCCAGGCUCCGGCUGGCCGUCAAUUACAACCAGAAACGGUUCGUUGCGCACCCGAUCUGCCAGCAAGUUCUGUCCUCCAUCUGGUGCGGGAGCCUCCAGAGCUGGCGGGGCAGCAACAGCGUCUGGAAGGUCUUCAUCUCCUGCUCCAUCUUCGUCACAAUGCCGCUGUUGUGCCUGGUCUACUGGGUCGCGCCCAAGUCCAAGGUUGGCAAAAUGGUAAAGAUCCCCGUGAUCAAGUUCCUCUUGCACUCGGCCUCCUACCUCUGGUUCCUGGUCUUCCUGCUGGUGGAGUCCUUGGUCCUGGAGCACCAUCACGAGAUGUUCAAGGGGAGGAACCAAAGCAUGUGGGAGACCUCCCUGCACAUGGUCUGGGUGGCAGGCUUCUUCUGGUUCGAGUGCAAAGAGGUCUGGAUCGAGGGCAUGCGUAGUUACCUGCUGGACUGGUGGAACUUCCUGGACAUCGUCAUCCUCAGCAUGUACCUGGCCUCCUUCGUCCUGCGGCUUCUGGUCUUCCUCAAGGGCCACUUCUACUGCCUGGACCCCGGCUCCUCCCCAGAAUGCUACUAUUUCACUGAAGCUGAUAUACUGCCUCUCACUUUGGAGGUUCUUUUAGCUCCUAUGAGCCUGACCUUCUCCAUGCAUUGGCCAGUCCCUUCAACAAAGCCAUCUACACUCUCUGGGGGAGAGAAGGUAUACCAGUGA